AACUACGUUUUGCACCUUGAUACAUUACAGAAAUUGUUAUUCUUAUUGAACUACUAGCAUUCAACACUUCUCUUAAAAUGCCUCCAAACGAUGUUUUGAUUACUGAUCGAAAUGAAAUCCGAAAAAUUUGGGGAAAAUCAGAAAAUGAUGUUUACAAGGAUAUCCAGAUUAUAAAGGAAUGGUUAAAAAUCCAAAAACAUCUGCCAGAGAUUCCAACGGACAAUAUGAUUGAAUUUUUUCUCGUAAAUUGCAAAUUUAGUAUCGAGAAAACAAAACAAACCCUGGAUAUGUAUUAUACUGUCCCUAGUCUUGUACCUGAUAUAUAUAAGAAUAUACAUCCUUGUACUUCAGACGUGGACCUAGCCUAUGAGACAGCAAAUUUCGUUUGCGUACCUGUCCUUACUCCGUCCUUACAUAGGUUAACUGUGAUACAAUAUAAAGAUUCCGAAAAUGGAAGCGUAGCCAAAAUGUCAGCUCAUGGUCUAAAAAAUAUUUACGAGAUACGAAUUCAUGAGGACCUGUCAAUGGGUGAAAUAUAUCUUGUCGAUUGUGAACGUGUUAAAUUCAGUGUUGCAGCUGGAAUAACUCCUGUGACGUUGAAACAAAUAGCUUUUGUUUUAGAGAGGGUGCACAGUUUCAGGACACACUCAAUACAUUUUAUUAAUGCUCCAGCAUAUUAUCAUCACACAAUAACUCUAUUUAAAACCUUCUUAAAGAAAAAAUUAUCAGAUAGGGUAUAUAGUCACAGAUCUCUUGACGAAGUGCUAAAACAUCUCCCACUGGACAUAUUACCAAGUGACUUCGGAGGCAAACAAAAAUCUUGCGCAGAACUGCAAGAAUUAUGGAAAAAGAAAAUGUUUGAGUAUAAAGACCGAUUUGACAAAUUGGAGACAAUGCAAGUAAAUGAAAAACUUCGUCCUGAAAAACUGGAAAAUGACGAAAUUUUAGGCUAUUAUGGUAAUUUCAAAAAAAUAGACACAGAUUAAGCAGCUGAUGAAAUAUUUGGAGCAGUGAAUAAGGAUAAUUUUAAAAAUAAUUAUAAUUAUUAUAUUGUAUUAUUAAAUAAGGUUAAAACAUAUGUUUUAUUUACUUUAUUUUUGAAUUUAAAAUUAAAUUUGUUAAAUUAUAUAUUACAAACGUUGUGUUAUGGA